AUGUUUCCACAAAUUUUAAAAAUAAAGAUGAGAGCAAGAUACAUUAUAUCUGCCCUGGUUUCUAAAACGUAUUCUUAUAUCAUCCCUCAUCUCCAAGCAUUCAAGUCCAAAUACCCCGACAUAAAGCUCGAAACAUUCGAUGACUUGAACCAGUUUCAAAAUUCAGAUCACUGGGGACGCACCGACGUUCUCUGUAUGCUAUUCUGUUCUUCCUCAACUCUAAAUGAGUCUUUACGCAGCAAUCCUUUAAAAUGGGUUCACUCAUUUACCUCAGGGGUAGACGCAUACAUGACCCCAGAAUUUAAAUCAAGCCCAAUCCCUCUCACAAAUUCAAAAGGUGCAUAUAAUGAUUCCCUCAUGGAAUAUGUGCUGGCCUCAAUGCUUUAUUUCAAUAAAAAAUUCUCAAUUCUUGAGACUCAAAAAAGUAAUAAGGAGUAUAAACCUUUCCUUAUGCCCACGCUAUAUGGGUCAACUUUAGUAAUUCUGGGGUAUGGAUCUAUAGGAAAAUCAAUAGGAAAAGUUGGGAAAAGUUUAGGAAUGAAGGUGAUUGGAGUAAAAAGAACAGCUACAGAGCCAGAUGAAGGGGCUGACGAAAUUAUAGAAACACAAAGACUUCAUGAAGUGCUUCCUCAGGCAGAUUUUUUGGCAAUGGCAAUGCCAAAUCACCCUUCAGCUCACAAUAUCAUGUCAAUGAGAGAAUUUGCACUGAUGAAAAAAACUGCAGUUUUAGUGAAUAUAGGUUUUCUCCUAGAUAGCCCUGUAAAGGCUGUGGAUUCUGGGUAGAAUCUUUCAGUUGGUUCGACCAACUCACUUGUUGGUUCCACCAGCCAAAGGAUUCCACCCUGAAUCCACAGCCCUUAGAGGGCUAUCUAGGGGACACCCUUAUAUUGGAAGAGGAAACAGUAUAAAUGAAGAUGAUUUAGCAAAUGCAUUGAAUAAUGAUAUCAUAGGUGGAGCCGCAUUAGAUGUGUUUAAAACAGAACCUUUACCUCUGACGUCUCCAUUAUGAACUGCGAAAAAUUUGAUAAUUUCUCCUCAUAAUGCUGAUAUGGUUGUAGAUUUGGCUCACUUGUGCGUUGGGUGCUUUGAAAAUCAUCUCAUAAAUUUCCUUACUCCCCCCCCCCUCCGUGAGCGAACAAAACCAUUAGAAAAAUCGCCAUUUUUUGACCAAAAACCCACCCUCCGUGAGUGAACAAAAAUUUUUUUAAUAGAAAAAAUUUUAAUGGAAAAAAAUUUUGAUAUAUAAGUGAUAAUUAGUAUAAUGAAAUCUAGAGCUAAUUCUGUUUAAUUUUAAACAAAAUUGCGUUUUAAAAACAUAAAUUUUGCAAAUUGAAUUAAUAUUUGCUUCCAAUUUUUGCAAAUUAGGAUUUUUUUAAAUUUCGAAAAAAAUAUUUUUUAUAAAAUUUAUAUAUAAAUUUUUUAUAAAAUUUAUAUAUAAAUUUUUUUUAAAAAAAAAAAUUAACCCCCCUCCGUGAGCGAACAAAAUUUUUUUUUUGUUCGCUCACGGAGGGGGGGGGGGGAGUUAGUGGGAAGCCAUUUACUAGUGUAGUAGAUAAAGAAAAAGGAUAUUAA